AUGGCUUGUGUCCAUGAACAACGUGCACCCUCUCCCUCCCUGUCAGGGUUCAGCACUCCACUGUCUGAAACCCCUUACCGUCGUCCAGAGACCGACCCCUCUGCUUGCACCCCUGAUACCGAACUCACACCUACUCAGUGUGUCCUCCGCAACGUGCUUUCGAUCGACCCCCCAGGGGGCGGGAGCGCCCCUCACACUCAGGGCAACAGUCCAACCACAAGCGAUGAGCCCACCCCCUUCUCCAACAGUGUGUUGAAGCUGCAGGAAGGUGGAGCAGAGGGAGGAGCUGUCCGCAGCCAAUCGGAGAGCUUCAGGUUACAGGCGGGAGGUGGCGGCUUUCUGGAAGGUCUCUUUGGUUGUUUGAAACCUGUCUGGACCAUGAUUGGCAAAGCCUACUCCACUGAACACAAACAGAGUCAGGAGGAGUCGUGGGAGGUGCCAUUUGAGGAGAUCUCGGAGCUACAGUGGGUGGGCAGUGGAGCUCAGGGUGCUGUGUUUCUGGGGAAAUUUCAUGGCGAGGAGGUGGCCGUCAAAAAAGUGCGGGACAUCAAAGAGACGGACAUCAAACACCUUCGCAAGCUGAAGCACCCCAACAUCAUCACCUUUAAGGGAGUGUGUACACAGGCGCCGUGUUACUGCAUCAUUAUGGAGUACUGUGCUCAGGGCCAGCUCUAUGAGGUUCUGAGAGCUGGACGUAAGAUCACUCCCUCUCUACUGGUGGACUGGGCCAUGGGCAUUGCAGGCGGCAUGAACUACCUCCAUCUUCACAAGAUCAUCCACCGGGACCUCAAAUCACCCAAUAUGCUGAUUACCCAUGAUGACUUGGUGAAGAUAUCUGACUUUGGCACGUCUAAAGAGCUGAGCGAUAAGAGCACUAAGAUGUCCUUUGCUGGGACAGUGGCCUGGAUGGCACCAGAGGUCAUCCGCAAUGAACCCGUAUCUGAGAAAGUGGACAUCUGGUCUUUUGGCGUGGUUCUUUGGGAGCUGUUGACUGGAGAGAUCCCCUAUAAAGACGUAGAUUCGUCUGCCAUAAUCUGGGGUGUGGGAAACAACAGCCUGCAGCUUCCCAUACCUGACAGCUGCCCCGAUGGCUUCAAAAUCCUUCUGAAACAAUGCUGGAAUUGUAAACCCAGAAACCGGCCAUCGUUCAGACAAAUACUCCUGCACCUCGAUAUUGCUUCUGCAGAUGUCCUCUCCACGCCUCAGGAGACUUACUUCAAAUCUCAGGCGGAGUGGCGUGAAGAGGUGAAGCAGCACUUUGAAAAGAUCAAGUCAGAGGGGACGUGUCUGCACCGACUGGAUGAGGAGCUCAUCAACCGUCGUCGCGAGGAACUCAGACACGCACUGGAUAUUCGAGAACACUACGAGAGGAAACUGGAAAGAGCAAAUAACCUUUACAUGGAGUUAAAUGCAGUCAUGCUACAGCUAGAACUCAAAGAGAAGGAGCUACUAAGGAGGGAGCAGUGUUUGGAUAAGAAAUACCCCGGUCUCUUCAAACACCAUCCCUCAAACACAGUGGACAAACUCAUCAAGAAGAGGAAUGUCCCUCAGAAGCUCCCGUCUCAUGGCAAGAGGCCUGACCUUUUAAGGUCAGAGGUCAUACUGCCUAAGAUGGACACGGGUGUGCUGCAGGUGACUGUACCAUCCUGCCCAAACCGAGGGUCCACGUCCCCUAACCGUUCCCGUCGAGUGAAGACGCGCCAUCGCAGGGGUGGCAAAGGGAGCAGCGGGGAUCUUUCAGGGCCCAAACACCCUCCAGGACCUCCCAGCAGAGAGAGGGAGACCCCUGCACCAAGCAGCGCAGCUCCUGGUACCCCUGCAAGCGAGGGAGGAUCCGCACAGAGAGGCCCUCAACAAGAUGCUCCCCCACUGAAACUGUCAUCCUCCAGCCCAGACCUCCUCUGUUCCACAAGGGGGGCCGAGGGCGGAGCCAGUGGAGGGGCGGGUAGCCUGAGCGCAUGUGAAGACCUUGGGGGCGGGGCAAGGGGCGGGGCCGAAGCUGGGGUGGGAGUGGACGAGACUCCGCCGCGCAGCGACACGGCUAGCGAAGACGCGGCUUCCCUGCCUUUCUCCAGCAGCCCCGAUUCGCCGUGCUGCGGGAGGGGUGGGGCUGUGGGGAGGGGCCACACAUUGGGGGAGGAGAGAGAAGAAGGAGGUGGGACUGUCCGAUUACCCAGAGGAGCCAGCGGCAGUCACCUGACCCCCUCUGCAAUCCUAUACAGAGCAGCUAUCACACGGAAACAGCGCCGAGGUGUCUCUUCAGAAGAAGAAGAGGGUGAGGUGGACAGCGAGGUGGAGUUACCAAGGAGACGACGGCCCACCAGUAUAACCAAGUGCCAAUCAGUGUCAACAUUCAGCUCAGAGAAUCUGUCAGUCUCAGAUGGGGAGGAGGGGCAUACCACUGACCAUUCCCACAGUGGAACACCUGAUGUGGUGAGCACCAAUACUGAUGAACGUUUGGACGAUCGCAGCGAUGACCUCAUCUCACAGGGCUCCGAGAUCCCGGCUGACAUCACUGACCCCGCCCUGUCUGAAAGAGAGGCCGCCGCACUUCCUGAACAGGAGAAAUUUACACUGGACACAGAACAGAACAUUUUGGAGAUUCGAGCGCUGUGCGAGGAUUCAGACUGUGAUAGUGCUGAGCUCGACCAAUCAGGGAGUGGAGAGCCAAGUCGCCCCCCAAGCGCAGGGGGGUGGGGCCAGGGUCCUCAGAACUAA